ACUCUCCACCUUGCUUUUGGGGUAACUCGAACUCACAACCUAUUAAUUGAAAAUAGAUGGUGCUCACCACUGGAGCAACUUGUGAACCCUCUUUAAUUUCUUGUGAGCCCUCUUUAAUCGAAGAAAGUAGUUGACGUGGUUACACGGAUGACACACCGAGUUGUUUACUCGUUUAAGCUUACCACGACGUGUUGACUUGCGCUACACCAAAUACGAAAUUACCAUGAUAUUAUAGCCCUCCCUUCCUUCUCUAAAUCAUUGAACAUCUCUAAAGUCUAAACCACACCUAUAUAUUUCCAUCCAAUUAUCCAAAAGUUCACAGCACACAAUCUUUCUUGAACUUUUCUCAUAGUCCAAACAAUUUCAUGGAUCCAACACAAGCCAAAACUACCUCCGGAGCCAGUCAUUCGUUGUCCCAUAAGCCCAACAGCCACCCAAAACCAUCCAAAUCUGAGCUGAUGUCCAGCGCUAAGCUAGUGGCCGACGCGGCCAAAGCAAAACUCCAUCACGAGCCAAACAGUAAGGUCGACAAGUCUGAGCUCGCCGGAGCCGCCGCUGACCUCCUUAACGCCGCCUCACAGUACGGCAAACUAGAAGAGAAAGGGAUCGGAAAGUUCGUCGGAAAAGCAGAGACUUAUCUCCACAAAUAUGAAACUUCUCAUUCCACCACCACCUCCACGACUGAACACACGCAGUCCUCGGCGCAUACAGGGGGAAAACAUGAACAAUCCGGAAGUGGAUAUGGCGAGUAUAUUAAAAUGGCUGAAGGAAUUUUCAAGAAACAUUCCGAUGGCACCCACUCAUCGGAAUCCGGCGGAGGUAAAAAAGGAGAGUAUCUUAAAAUGGCUGGAGAUUUCUUGAAGAAGCAUUGACUUGUACUAUGUGAAUUCCUUUUUAUCGUUUGUUUUAGAAUUUUUUUGCUGCAGUUCUACUAUUGUUAUCUAUCAGUGGAUAGGUGUGAUUUGUAAUGUGUGGCCUAGGCUGCAUUGCCAAUGAAAAUAAUUUUGUUUUAACAUGUUAUCCAAAAA